CUGCUGUCUGGUCACUGGUGAAUAUGGUUGGACUGCCAACAUGGAGAGGAUCAUGAAGGCACAAGCCUUGAGGGAUUCGAGCAUGGCGGGCUACAUGUCCAGCAAGAAAACAAUGGAGAUCAACCCAGAGAACCCCAUCAUGGAGGAGUUGAGGAAGCGGGCAGAGGCAGACAAGAAUGACAAAUCGGUCAAGGACCUCGUGCUGCUGCUAUUUGAGACUGCUCUUCUCACCUCUGGCUUCAGCCUUGAUGAACCCAACACCUUUGGCAACAGGAUCCACCGCAUGCUGAAGUUGGGUCUCAGCAUUGACGAGGAUGAGACGGUUGAUGCAGAUGCUGAAAUGCCUUCACUGGAGGAUGCUGAUGCAGAGGGCAGCAAGAUGGAGGAGGUCGACUAAACCAUUUUUACCAUUUGUUCUCCGGUAUUUCCUACUGGGUUUAAGAACUCAGUCAGCUCAUCUAGAAUAUGAUAAUUUUGUGGCAUGUUUAGCCUUAUCUUACUGUGUUUGGCUGCCUUAUUUGUUAGCUAGUGCUGGAGGCUUUUAUUUUAUUUUUGCAUACAUAGACCUUUGUGAUGUGGUGCUAUUCCCGAAUUCCAAAUAAUAUUAGUAUAGCUGUUUUCUACUACUCUGUUAA